CGCUUCAUUUCUCUCUCUCUCUCUCUCUGGUGUGCGUGUGAUCGAGUGUUGAAACGACAGAGAGAGACGCCGUUUUGAUUUCUUUUGCGAAGGAAGGAGAUUCUCUCUUGGUCGGACUUUCAAUUGGUAUCCCAAUUCUGAGAGACUCUCACUCGGUCGCUCGAUUGCUUGAUUCUCUUUGAUUUCAGUGAGUUUUCGAUUUGAAUGAAGAAAUGAAAUGAGUUGAUUUGGUUUUAGAUUAUUUCGCUGGAGAGUGGAGAGAGAGAGAGAGAGAGAUCCAAUGGCUGGGGCAGCAGAAUUCGUUGAGGCUGACAAUGCAGAGGCAAUAAUCACGAGGAUCGAAACCAAAUCGAGGAAGAUUGAAAGCUUACUCAAACAGUUCAAACAUGUCGAAGCUCUGAAAACGGCUCUUGAAGGUUCACCUCCAAAAACUCGCGAUGAACGUUGCAAGUCAGCUAAUUGGAUAGUUGUGCACAGAGCUAUAAUGGUGAUAAAGGAUAUUGACGGAAUGCUGAAUGCUCUUGAUGUUGAGUAUUACGAUAUUCUCAUGAAGUACCUGUACAGAGGCCUUUCUACUGGGGACCGACCCACAUGCGAUCAAUGUUUGAAGAUUCACGAGAAACUGACAGAGAGAGCUGGUCUCGGUUGCAUUCUCCGUUGUCUUACCGACACUGUCAACACUGUUUGAUCCAUGAUUGUAUUAUUGCCAACAUUGUAUUAUUACUUAAAAAGGCACGAAUUGUUGGUUUAUGAUAUAUAUGCACUGAAGCAUGUCUCAGUUUCAAA